AUGGCCACUGACAAGCCCAUCCAACGGGGAUCCUGGGGUCUCGAAGUCGGCCAACCACUAUUCAUGCCUCCCGGCGACCCUCACGAGCUUCUCCGGCUAUCGCAGAGCCGAUUGCUCAGCCUCUCCAACCGCUAUAUGCGAGUCGACUGGCAGACGCUACGGCGCUUCACCCUCUCCUCUGCCAUUGUAUUCAAUUCCAAGGCGCUUUUCACACCCAUGUCGGAACUUAGGGAUGAACCUUACUCUGAAGGAGGUAAGAAGACUCUUAUGGAGUAUAAGAAUACACGGCAUGUCGAGCAUGUUGUAUUGCCAGAGUUGGAGAAGUGGUCGGAGGAGCAGGAGGAGAAGGGUUUGAUGGAGAAGGGUUGGGAGGUACACACUCUGGGAGAAAGUCCAUGGUUUAAGGGGUGGGAAGAGAAGUGGCAUAGGCGGCUGGGAUUUUGA